CCAUUCCAUUGAUAAUAUGCUUACAGUAACGUUGGGCGCAGCUGGUGUCUCUCUCAUCUCAUCGAUAGAUAGCACUUAACGGUGACAGUGAGUGCGAGAAUGGCAACGGGAACGGGAAGUAAGAAGAAGGCAUCGCCUCUCUCUUUGGAGCAAUUCAUCUCCAUUACCGCUCCUCUUCUUGACUUGGAAAAGGAAGCUGAGAUUUCAAGCUCGAUCGCCACUGGUGCGUCCAGGAAUUUGGAUACUGCUCAAAAGAGGGGUUCUACAAUCCUCAACUUGAAGUGCGUCGAUGUCCAGACAGGGCUUAUGGGGAAGUCUCUGAUCGAGUUCCAGUCAACAAAAGGAGAUGUUCUUCCUGCACACAAGUUUGGUACUCAUGAUGUUGUUGUUUUAAAACUCAACAAGGCUGAUUUAGGUUCUCCUGCUCUUGGACAAGGUGUUGUUUACAGGUUAAAGGACUCAUCAAUAACCAUUGCUUUUGAUGAUAUACCGGAAGACGGUUUAAACAGUCCCCUAAGACUGGAAAAAGUAGCAAAUGAGGUGACUUAUCGCAGGAUGAAAGACGCGUUGAUACAGUUGAGUAAAGGAGUGCACAAGGGUCCUGCCUCUGAUCUGAUUCCUGUCUUGUUUGGGGAGAGGCCACCAACAGUGUCCAAGAAGGAUGUAUCUUCCACUCCCUUUAAUAAAAAUCUUGAUCACUCCCAGAAAGAAGCAGUUUCAAAAGCUCUAUCAUCGAAGAAUGUGUUCUUGUUGCAUGGACCACCUGGAACGGGAAAAACUACAACAGUUGUAGAAAUUAUAUUACAAGAAGUGAAACGUGGAUCUAAGAUUCUUGCUUGUGCUGCCUCAAAUAUUGCUGUGGACAACAUUGUUGAGCGGCUAGUUCCACAUAGGUGUGUAAAAUCAUUUGUUGAUACUUUAUACUCAUUCAUGAUGACGUUUUCUGCUAGAGUUAAGCUGGUGAGAGUGGGUCAUCCUGCACGUUUAUUGCCUCAAGUAUUGGACAGUGCGCUGGAUGCUCAGGUACUACGAGGAGAUAAUAGUGGUCUUGCAAAUGACAUUCGGAAAGAAAUGAAGGCAUUGAAUGGAAAGCUGCUGAAAACCAAAGACAGAAAUACUAGAAAGGACAUACAAAGGGAACUUAGGACUCUAUCCAAAGAAGAACGUAAAAGGCAGCAGCUUGCUGUAACAGAUGUACUUAAAAGUGCAGAUGUAAUAUUAACUACUUUGAUUGGGGCUUUCUCUAAAAAACUAGACAGCACUUCAUUUGAUUUGGUGAUUAUUGAUGAAGCUGCUCAAGCACUUGAGAUAGCAUGCUGGAUACCUAUACUGAAGGGUUCAAGAUGUAUACUUGCAGGGGACCAUCUUCAACUUCCUCCAACCAUUCAAAGUGUUGAAGCCGAGAAGAAAGGCUUAGGAAGAACGCUCUUUGAACGACUUGCAGAAAUGUAUGGAGAUGAAAUCACAUCAAUGCUUACAAUCCAGUAUCGUAUGCAUGAACUUAUCAUGGAUUGGUCUUCUAAAGAGCUUUACAACAGUAAGAUCAAGGCUCAUCCAAGUGUUACUGCGCAUAUGUUAUAUGAUCUUGAGGGUGUGAAGCGGACAAAUUCUACUGAACCAACCCUCCUUCUCAUAGACACAGCUGGAUGUGACAUGGAAGAAAAGAAAGAUGAAGAAGAUAGCACCUUUAAUGAAGGUGAAGCUGAGGUUACCGUGACUCACGCAAAGAGACUAGUGCAAAGUGGGGUGCUUCCUUCUGAUAUUGGAAUUAUUACUCCGUAUGCUGCACAGGUUGUUUUACUCAAGAUGUUGAAAAACAAGGAGGACCGGCUGAAGGAUGUUGAAAUCUCAACAGUUGAUGGAUUCCAGGGAAGGGAGAAGGAAGCCAUUAUUAUAUCAAUGGUUCGAUCAAAUUCAAAAAAAGAGGUUGGCUUUCUGAGUGAUCGCCGGCGAAUGAAUGUGGCUGUGACACGGUCCAGAAGGCAAUGCUGUCUUGUCUGUGACACAGAGACAGUCAGUGGUGACGGAUUUCUAAAGCGAUUGAUUGAGUAUUUUGAGGAGCAUGGUGAAUAUCUAAGUGCAUCUGAGUACCAGAAUGAGUAGGCCAGAUUCACAGGGUUAAGAUUUCUAUUGUCGCACUCUCAUGUGAUCAAUUUGUUGAUUUUGGUGAUGUUGCUAGUAGAUCUGUGUAGGUUUCUCAAAUCUUUCCUGAGCUAUUUGGAAUGGAAAAAGGUUGAUAGUUUUUAUAGAACCAUUUUAUGUAGAAGAAAAAAAUUCUUGGUAUCUACUAAUGUUAUUACUUUGAUUUUGUUAAGAAACAAUAUUACUUUCAGAAUAAUGUGGACUUGGAGUAGUCCCUUCUAUUUACGUAAUCUUUUUCAUAUGUAGUA